AUGGCAGGGAUUUUGAAGCUUCUAAUCGACAGAGGCGCUGAAAUAGAGUCGAGAAACGUGCUUGGCGAGUCUUCUCUAGCAAUUGCCUUUGAAUUGGGGCUUGAAGGGAUGGUGAGAUUACUCCUUGAAAAAGGCGCGAAAUUCGACAUGAAGACGUUCACCGGCCUCACACCACACAUGCUAGCGGCUGGGAUGGGACACGUCAAUGUCGUCCAGGCUCUCGUAGAUCACGGAGCCAAAGUUGAGAGAAAGGGUCAUCUUGGCCUGACGGCACUGACCGCGGCCAUUCGAGGAGGGCAUGAGACGGUAGUGAAACUGCUUCUUCAAAACCAGGCAAGUGUGAAUCACAGAGGCUUUCAAGACAAGACGCCAUUUUUACUGGCAGUGGAUAAUGGGAAGGAGGAGAUUUUGCAGCUCGUACGAGAUAGUCUGACUCAAAGGUCUUCGAACUUGGAGGAAGAUAUCUCUGAGUUAGAGGACGAACCUUGGGAGGACGCUUAUUUUGUGUGGAAGGAAAGUCGAAAAUUAUGGGAUAAGCGUGUACGAGAGGCGAGGAAGAAAGUCCUUCAGGGCCAGACUUCACAAACUAAGUGGAGAAAAUUUGUAGAUAAAGAUGCAUUCGAAGAGACGUCCAAUAGCCACAGAGACAGCCAGUAA